CAACGAAAAUAGGGAUGGAAAAAAGUGUAAAAUCUGAGAAAAUUCGAAGUUGAUCGCUCUUAGUAUACUAGUUACUAGUUAUUUUGGAAGAUGCAUUUAGCCCUUUUGGAGGAAAAGGCCAAGGAAAAAACCGCGGCGUGCGUGCAAGUGCAAUGACUGUGAAGUGGACCACGCCGUCCCAGCCGUCCAAUUUGGCCGCACGGCGGCCGAAGGGGCCCUAUCCGCAAAAGGCCGCCACGCCCAUGGUGCGGUGCGGUGCUCCCGGCAGCUCAACUGGUGGGCGUCGUCCUCCUCCUCUCCUCUCCUCUUGUGCGCACCAGGUUCCUCCUCCCUCCCGCAGCCAUCGCGCGCGACACAUUGCCACGACCCCAGAUCACCCUCCCCCCGCCCCAAAAAGCGAGCAGCUCCCUUUCUCACACCCCAGGGCUCAAGCCGUGCCUGUCAUUCUCCCAGUUAAUAGCACAUGCCACAUGACAUGCGUACCGAGCUUGUUUGACUAUGGUGGUGCUCUCACAGGUCUGCAUGCCGGUGUGUGCUGUGCAGAAAGAUGGUAUAAUUUCUAGCUUCCAAGGAAGCAGUAUGAACUUUAUACAUGAGAGCUGGCAAAAGAGAGUGCUGCUUUAGGAUUGCAACGCGGUCUAAUCUGAUUCGCUUACAUUUUCAUUUCUGUAAGCAUCACAAUGGUAAUGCUAAACGAGGACCUAGUGUUCUUCGCUAUCGUUUAUCUUGUGUGCUAUAAGAUAAGAUCUACAGUUGGAGUAGACAAAAACAGAGCUUACACAGGGAAUUGGAGGAGGAUUGAUAAACGAUAUGUUGCUGUGUAUGGAAAGUUCUGAACUCUUGCUAAAACGUAUCAUAAUGUUUGCUGUUUCUUGGAUUUUUGC